AUGUCAACCGAAACCAAAACCAAAUCGGAUGAGUCGUAUGAAACGGAAUUAAGGGCUCUCCGGUCUCAACGAGCUGUCAUCCUUGGACAGCAAACUAAAGCUAAAAACUUUCUGGCCACUUAUUUGAACUCUCUUAAUCGCUUCCAGGUUGAAACCAAAUUGCAGAUGCUCGAGACUCAGAACAUCAACUUCGAGAAGGUGCAAUCCCAGAUCGAACGUCUUGACGAAGAAGAACUCACAAGUGGUAAGAGAGAUGCUUUCGAAGAGACGUAUUACACUCUACGUUCAGAUAUGCUCCAACAUCUGGAUACCCUUUUGGCACCAAAUAGCACCAUCGCACCCAACAACGUCACCAUUUCACACAAAUCUCGUGUGAACUUACAAAAGUUAGCACUUCCAUCAUUCUCGGGAUUGUAUACCAAAUGGAUGGAUUUCUCAGACAUGUUCAACUCGCUUAUUCAUAACAACAAGGAGCUCACCAACAUCGAAAAGUUUCAGUAUCUCCGGUCUUGCAUCCAUGGAGACGCAGCCAGAGUAAUUGAGUCUCUAGAAUGCACCAGCCAAAACUACGAAACUGCCAUCGAACUUCUCAAAUGCAGAUAUGAUAACAAACGAUUUUUAUUCCAGGCACACAUCCAAGAAAUCUUUCAACUGCACUCCAUAGUUAAACCCACUGUGGAAACUAUUCGUGGUAUGAUUGACACCAUCAAUGUCAAUCUCCGAGCACUCAAUUCAAUAGGUACUACGGAACAAAUUUCUGAUGGAUUCUUGCUGCAUUUGAUCUUGUCAAAGUUUGACAACGAGUCCCAAGCCAAAUGGGAAGAUGAAAUAUCGGCCAGACAAGAGCAGAAGACCCUUAGCAAAUUAACCCAAAAUUUGGAUUCCACAACCCUGACAAAUAGUGACGCCUUUGAAUUCCCAUCCUGGAAUGAUCUCUGCACAUUCAUGGAGAGACGGUGUAAAACUCUCAACAUCAUCGAAGCAAAAUCACAUCGCAGUUCUACAUCAGCCAACACAUCACAAUCGCAUCAACGAUCACAACAGUCGCAGUCGCAUCACCUCGCCAAAUCAAGAACUCAAGAAUCAUUGUUCAAGAACUCGUCCUUGCUUACAACCAAUCCACCUUCAACGUCACCUUGUGUCUUUUGUAACCAGCCAUCACACAACCCAUUUGGCUGCCAAAAAUUUGUUAACUUAUCUCCAAUGGAUCGCUUCAAGCUCACCAAGGAGUUGAAAUUAUGCCUUAAUUGCCUACGAGGACGUCACACAGUACAACAUUGCAACUCGGCAAAUAAAUGUCAAAAAUGUGGUGACAGUCAUCAUACCUUGCUGCAUCGUGAGCGCAUCGCACCUGCAAUUCCUCAGACUCCUGCACCAUCAGCAACAGAUUCCCAAGAAAUUGCUAAUCCUAAUCCUAAUCCAUUACCUUCGUCUUCAUCUACCUCUUUACAGGCAAGCCAUGCUGUUAACACCAAUCGAGAUGCUGGGUACGUAUUACUUGCUACCGCACUGGUUAAUCUUUCCAAUGGAGGAGGUACAUCUUUAAUUGGUCGAACACUACUUGAUUCAUGCUCCCAACUUAACUUCAUCACUGAGCAUAUUGCACAACACCUCAAGUUGAGUCGCAGUCGCACAUACCUAGACGUCAGUGGAAUUGGACAAGUUAGCACUAUCGCUUAUCAAAGGGCACAAUUAUGCGUUUUAUCGUUAAAUAAUUCCUUUAAGAUAUACUUAAAUAUUCCCUCCAAUACUCGGCUAUCUGAUCCUCGAUUCAAUCAACCUGGUGCUAUUGACUGUCUUAUCGGCGCAGGGAUUUACUUUGAUCUUCUUCAAGUAGGUCAGAUCAAACUAGGAGAAAAUCUUCCAAGCCUACAAAAGACAUCUCUCGGAUGGAUUGUGGGUGGCACAAUAAGGAAUGAUCAAGAAUACACACCUUUGUUGGACAUCGCACCAGUUGGACCAAAAUCAUCUAGCAUCAACUACACUUGUUUCACCACCACUACUACUCCGUCUAUUGAAGAACUCCUACAACAGUUUUGGACCAUCGAAAACAAUCACACAUCAACAAAGAAACUCUCAAUAGAAGAAGAGGAAUGUGAGACAUUCUUCAAAUCAACAACCACUCGCUGCCCAUUGACCCACAAGUUCAUCGUUCAAUUACCAUUUCGUGAGGAUCGCACAUCGCUCGGGAGUUCAUAUGAAAUAGCAAAGAAGCGGUUAGUAUCAAUUGAACACAAAAUAUAUCGUUCUCUACCAUUACAGAGAGAUUAUUGCCACUUCAUUGACGAGUAUGCACGAUUAGAUCACAUGUGCAAAUUAGAUGCAGCAAAGGCUAUUCAAGAUAACGUCAACUACAUUCCUCAUCAUUGUGUCUUGAAGCCUGAUAGUUCAACAACCAAAUUGCGCGUUGUCUUCGACGCAUCAUGCAAAACAUCAUCAGGCAAAUCCUUGAAUGACAUUCUGAAGGUCGGUCUAACUCUUCAAGAUGACAUCUUCACCAUCCUCGUUCGUUUUCGCACCCAUCGUUUUGUAUUAAUGGCAGAUAUAACACAAAUGUAUCGACAAAUUCUGGUAAGUCCUAAGGAUACUAACACACAAUGCAUUUUGUGGCGCAACUACAAAACGAAGGCAAUCGAAAGCUAUAUGCUGAAAACAGUCACCUAUGGUACAAGUUGUGCCCCAUACUUAGCAGUGAGAUGUCUUCGAUUACUGGCAGAAGAAGGUGCACAACAGUUUCCAAUUGGUUCGGCAAUCACAUUGCGUGACUUCUACGUAGACAAUUUGAUGUCAGGUGCCAAUGAUCGUAGUGAGGUCAUUCAAAUCAAAGAAGAGACGACCAACUUGCUUUUGAGUGCAGGCUUUCACCUUCGCAAAUGGGCAUCUAAUGAUCCCACCAUCAUAGCAAACGUUCCGGAAGAAGACAAGGAAUCAUUCAUUGUUCUAGGAGACAGUGAAGUCAUCAAAGCUCUUGGAAUGGGAUGGGAUCCAAAGGAAGACACUUUUCGUUUCAGCUACAUCGAGUCUCCAAGUCACAAAUCUAACAAGCGUAGUAUUUUGUCGCAAAUUUCACAGUUCUAUGAUCCACUUGGCCUUAUGAAUCCCUUCAUCGUGAAAGCAAAGAUCUUUAUGCAAACACUUUGGAAGCUCAAACUACAUUGGGAUGAGAGUCUCCCAGAAGAUCUUCACACUCAAUGGUUGGAAUAUCGGAAUCACCUCAUUGACAUAAAUCAAAUAAAAAUCCCUCGGUAUGUAUCAACUUGCAAUAUAAACACACAAAUUCAUGGCUUUUCAGAUGCUAGUACCAAGGCCUAUGGAGCUUGCGUGUACCUCAGAACAAUAGACGAAGAUGGAGUUGUAUCGUCGAACUUGGUUUGUGCAAAAUCAAGAGUAGCACCGAUUGAAGAGACAACAAUUCCCAGACUCGAACUUUGUGCAGCACUGCUGCUGGUGGAACUUCUGGAGAGAGUCAUAAGCAUUCUUGGACAGCAAAUACAGACCUACUGCUGGACUGAUUCAACGAUCGUCCUGGCUUGGCUAGCAUCUGAACCAUGUCGAUGGACCACCUUCGUGAGCAAUCGAGUCGCAAAAAUUCAAAAUUUUCCACACUUCACAUGGAAUUACAUUCCACCUUCGGACAAUCCUGCGGAUCUGGUUUCUCGAGGAGUGUUCCCACACGAACUCAUUGGCAACAAAUUUUGGUUUCAGGGUCCUAACCUUUUGCGACUAUCCGAACAAGAUUGGCCCAAACUUCACAACAAACCCGAGGAAGAAGAGAUUACUGAACAGCACAUUAACAACCGUGUCUUCAAAAAAACCAAGCCCAAAAUCAGUGGACCCAUAACAGCAUUAGAAUUUGACGAAACUCUCAGGUGCCUACUCUGCACGAUUCAACACAACACUUUCGCCGAGGAAAUCAAUAACCUUAAAAAAGGAAAGCCUCUUAAAUCAAGUAUACAACAACUUUCACCAUUCAUCAAAAAUGGACUUGUCCGAGUUGGAGGACGAAUAUCAAACUCAACACUACCAUAUGAUGCAAUGCACCCAAUUUUGCUACCAAAAUCGCAUCCAUUCAUUUACACCCUCAUUCGUCAUCAUCACUAUAUCAACAAACAUGCUGGGCCUCAAACAUUGCAUAAUAUCUUGAGACAAAGAUUUUGGAUUUUGGAUGUAAAAAGCACCGUACGAGGAGUAGUUCACCGAUGUUACAUGUGCUAUCGCAAUAAGCCUGUUCUAGCGCAACAAAUAAUGGGCAAAAUCCCGUGUGAAAGAGUAACACCUUCUCGACCCUUUAGCAUAACAGGACUUGAUUACUGUGGACCACUAUAUGUUUCGCAUCGCAUUCGAGGACGUGCACCCUACAAAACCUAUUUGGCAAUUUUCGUGUGCUUCAGUACUAAGGCCGUCCAUUUGGAAUUAGUAUCUGACCUUUCAACAUCUUCGUUCAUUUUGGCACUCAAGCGGUUUAUUGCGCGCAGGGGUAAGUGCAUGAAGAUAUAUUCAGACAAUGCUACUAAUUUUACAGGAGCACAUCGGGAACUUAGAGAGUUGCAUACAUUGUUCAUGUCCGAGCAGCACAACGAAAUCAUUCGUCAAGAGUGUCUUCAAGAUGGAAUUGAAUGGAGUUUUAUUCCACCACGCUCCCCCAACUUUGGAGGCCUCUGGGAGGCAGCUGUGAAGGUCGCCAAGCACCAUCUUCGACGAAUUAUUGGUCAAGCGGUGCUGUCAUUUGAAGAGAUGACAACAGUUUGCUGCCAAAUUGAGGCAGUUAUGAACAGCAGGCCUCUCACUCCAAUGUCCAGUAAUCCUAACGACUUGACAGCCCUCACACCAGGACAUUUUCUGGUUGGGUCACCACUUACCAGUAUUGCAGAACCUCGCAUUGAAGCUUGCAACAUUAGCAACCUGAAACGAUACCAAUUUCUUCAAUGGAUCCAACAAAACUUCUGGCGAAGAUGGUCACAUGACUACCUUCAACAACUUCAACUUCGAAAACAAUGGAAUUCUGCACAACCUAACAUUCACAUUAACGAGCUAGUUCUUUUAAAGGAAGAUAACACACCACCUCUCAAAUGGCCAAUGGGACGAAUCGUUGAAAUCUACACAGGAGACGAUGGGAACAUACGUGUGGCUAACGUCAAAACAGCCACAGGUAUCUAUAAAUGUGCGAUAUCCAAAUUGUGUCCAAUACCAAUCGAACUCGAUCCUGAAAAUACAAGCCAAGGUGGUCUAUCUGUUGGUACAGAUAACCAUAACAAGGAACGAAAAAGAUGUAGUUCUUCAAGUAGCGCAGAAGAUGACAAACAAGAGUCAGCACCAAAAAGCCAAAGUCGUUUGGAACAGGAGCCCAAAGAAACAAUUUCUCUCACUAAUAGUGAGCUUCAACGUUUAGUGCUUCUGGAAUAUUUAAAACUAUUGACGAUGCAACAGCUUCUUCAGAAAAGGAUUCCACUGAAAGCACUGCCUUACUAUGUUGUCGUCCAGCUUCCUCAAUGUAUGGCCAAUCCAGCACCACUUUCUCUGCACGUUGUCAACAUCCACUUUUGUUUGCCCAGUCCUGAGCCACAGUUCAUCGUAAGAUAUCAUUUGUUGCCACCGGAUGUUCAGGAUGUAACGUAG